AUGCAUUUCUUGCCAUUGUUACUCUCGAAUCUCCAUUUGGGAUUGGAUGUUCCCAUCAAUCCGGUGGGUCUUUCCGCUGGAACUCCCAGUAAAAUGAACUUUGUUCGAUCGCGAUUAUCCUCUCGCUUCCUUGAUCAUUAUUCUCCGAACAAUUUUUACGGUCGCGGAGUUCUGGAUUUUUACUCUCCCUUCUGGAAGAAUCUAAGUCGUUACCAACAUGUCGUCAGUUCUACAAGUAUCGACAACGACGGCUAUAAAAUUAACAUAAACGUACAGCAAUAUAAGCCCGAGGAGAUCACCGUUAAGGUGGAGGACAAUUGGGUGAUCAUCAAGGGCAGGCAUAAAAAACAGGACAAGUUCAACGUUGGAUCCCAGCAGUUCAUGCUACGGUAUCUAUUACCUCGUAACACUGACAUUGAUCAUAUAACAUCUUCGACAUCGAGCGAUGGCAUCAUGACAAUCACGAUACCGUUGAAGCCAACAUAUCGAAAGGUGAUCCAAAUCGAGCAAACUAGACAAUCGGCCGUUUCUUCUAAUAAUACGAGACAGGUUGGCACGGGACAAAAUGGCAUGGAACAGGUUGAUGUUAGACAAGCUGAUGCAGGAUUUGCUGGCGCAGAACAAACUGGCGUGGAACAGGCUAAUGCAAAUUCUGCUAGCGUGGGACAAACUGAUCGCCUGGGACAGGUUAACAUGGGACAGGCUGGUGUUGGGAAAGCUGACGGGGAAAAGCUUGUUGCGUUUGAUCGUCUAAAUUAGAAGCAGACGACGAAGAAUGAGUAUCUUCAAUAUUCAUAAGAAU